AUGGGCAAAGCGACAGUCAUCUCGUCGAGUGCUUUCCUCGCCAUCGGAGGUUUCCUCUUUGGUUAUGACUCUGGUAUCAUUGGAGGAGUCAUCUCUUUCGAUACGUUCGAUGAAUACUUUCACAAUCCAAACAGCGCUGCAACCGGUGGUAUUGUCUCAACCUUUCAGGGUGGUGCUAUGCUGGGCACCAUCAUCAACAUGGUCUUUGCCGACCACUUGGGACGUAGANGAACCAUCGCUGCAGGUUCGAUCGUCUCCUUGAUUGGAUGUGUUCUUCAAGCUGCAGCUGUCAAUAUGGCUAUGCUCAUGGUUGGAAGGUAA